CCGCAGCGUCCACACAGCACUGAACCACUGGAGACUUUUUGUGUUCUCAAUUCAUAAUAUAUCAUAAUGCAUUUGGCAGAAGAAAACAUACAUGAUAUUGGACUAAGUGUAGAGAUAAAUGCCCCCAAAGCCACGCGCACAUUCAGCGAUAUCGACGCUCAAACGGCCGUCAACACAGGCGGAACCCAAAACUCGCUGGUUGUCUCUCGGCGGACUGGAAGUGGAGGAGCCGAUUGAAGCCGAAGGGGACUCGGCGUCCCUCUGCUGGCAUGUGAGAAGUAACAUGGCACCUUCUAUAAGCAUGAAAUACGGACUUUUAACCAGCAGAAGGUCGCUUUGCAGUAAGAUAUUUCCACAUGCCACAUGUAGACAGAGACCGACAGAGAUUAAGAGCUUGAGCUCGUCCGCUAAUUCAAGCUCGCAACACGACGAACAGUACUGUAUUGAUCUCGUCAGAUCUCGAGACUAUGAAGGCUUCGUGUGCUCUUUGCUUCUUCCUGAGGCUGCUCGCCGCUCCUCCUUGGCGCUGAGAGCUUUCAAUGUGGAACUGGCACAGGUUAAGGACUCUGUCUCUCAGAAGACCAUUGGUCUAAUGCGUAUGCAGUUUUGGAAGACGGCGGUGGAGGAUAUAUACAGAGAUGACCCUCCUGUCCAGCCUGUCAGUGUGGAGUUGUGGCGGGCAGUGAGGAAACACACACUGACGAGGAGAUGGCUGUUAAAGAUCAUAGCUGAAAGGGAGAAGGACAUGGAGGACAGGGCAUACAGGAACCUUCAGGAGCUGGAGACGUAUGCAGAGAACACUCAGUCUUCUCUCCUCUAUCUCCUCUUGGAGACUCUAGGAGUGAAAAAUGUCCAUGCAGACCAUGCCGCCAGCCACAUUGGCAAAGCACAUGGGAUUGUGACGUGUCUACGAGCCACUCUCUACCACAGCCAGAGACGCAAGGUCUAUCUGCCCAUGGACAUCUGCAUGCUGCAUGGGGCAUCUCAGGAAGACUUCAUCCGUGGCAGCAGAGAGCAGAAUGUCAGGGAUGUUGUGUAUGACAUUGCCAGCCAAGCUCAUAUCCAUCUCCAACACGCUAGAUCAUUCAGUAAAAAUGUUCCCGAUGCUGCCAUGCCUGCUUUUCUGCACACAGUCGCUAUUGAGGACUACCUGGAAAGAGUGAGGAAAGUAGACUUUGAUGUCUUUCAUCACAGCCUGCAGAGGAGGAACCCACUACUGCCCAUCCAGCUUUAUUUUCGAUCAUGGAAAAAGACAUACUGAUAUAUUUUUUUUAAAUCUAGCUCUUAAUUUAUACAGAAUACAUUCAUGUUGCAAGUCAUGAUCCAAACGUAGACACCAUGUGGUGUAGGGAAUGGUAUAGAUGCACUUACAUCUUUUUUGAUAUCAGUUUUCUGAUUGUCGGCACUAAAGAUCAAGUAUAUUAGAGAAGUCAUUUCUAGACGCAAGUUACAGAGUAGAAUUUCCUUAAAAACCAACAAGAACAUAACAAGAAGGUAUCAGUCUAGGAAAGGGACCUUGAACUGGUAUUGUUUGAAAUUCAAAACGAAAUUAUUUUUCCUGCUGAUUCUUAAUUACACUAUGUAUUUACAGAGUUUUGCAAAA